GCAAAACGUCAGUUGCAAAACUGCAUUACAGUGAGACACACUUUCUGAUAAUCCUCAAUCAUGACUUGGACAGUGAACUUUCUGAUAACUUUGGGCUUAAUCUUGAUCAUAACUUACAAAUACCUCACACGCAAUCACAAUUAUUGGAAAGACCGAGGAAUCCCUACAAUUUUAGGAGCGCUUCCAGCUUUCGGCCACAUGCUGGAAGUGUUUGUACUCAGAAAGAAUGCUUCAACAAAGCUGCACGAAAUCUACAAAGCAUCCAAAGCAAGUAUGGUGGGAUUCCUGGACAUGGAAAAGCCGGUUCUGUUGGUCAGACACUUGGAACUAGUGAAAACGGUGAUGCUGGCAGAGUUCAACAGUUUCAGCGAGCAUCCGCCUCUGGACCCUGAAGCAGAUCCUUUGCUAGCCAUGGAUCCCUUUUUCGCAAACGGCGAAACCUGGAAGCACACUCGCGGGGUGUUUACAAGCGCGUUUUCGUCCAAAAAAUUGAAAUUCAUCGCAACAGUGGCCAGAGAUGAGUGCGAAAAGCUGGUAAACUUCAUCAACGGAAAAUUUGCUGAAAAUGGUGAUAGUGGAAUUGACGUUAACGCCAAAAUUAUGUUUUCCAAGUUCACAACUCAAGUAGUGGCCAAUGUGAUAUUCGGUGUGGACGGUAACGCGCUAGUUGACGUCGAUCCGCCCGAAUCAUUUCGGAAAAUGAUGGACGCAAUUUUUGAAGUUAAAGUUUCGAGCGCCAUCAGACAAAACAUCAUCUUGUCGGUUCCGUUCUUGACCAAAGUACUAAAAGUAGGUUUUGGGCCCUCCUGGGUCUAUGAUGCGUUCACGAAAACUACUGACGAAAUCCGCCAGGUCAGAAAGAACCAAUCGAUCACUCGCGAAGACUUUCUGCAGCACAUUAUUGAGUAUGAAGUUAAUAAUGAUAACAAAUAUGGAGAUAUCGUUGCUGCUCACGCUUUCUCGUUUUUCGUCGAAGGCUACGAGACUUCCAGCAUGACCUUGAGUGCGAUGGCUUACCUGCUUUCGAAGCAUCCGGAGAUUCAGGAAAAGAUGCGUAAGGAAGUGCAAGAAUUGGUGGAAAAGUAUGGAGAAAUAUGCUACGAUGCGGUUAAUGAAAUGAAUUAUGUGGAAAUGGUUAUUUUGGAAACACUGAGGCUCUUUCCACCUCUGGGAAAACUCCAGAAAGUUUGCUCAAAAGAGAUCACUCUUGAAGGGUCUGAUGGAUUGAGGUGCACGCUGAAUUCUGGAGACUAUGUUUGUGUUUCGGCGGCGGGAAUUCAUAGAGAUCCUGAGAUUUGGAGCAACCCGGAUGAGUUUAAUCCUGAGAGAUUUAAGAAAGAUUCCGAUGAAAAGCUGCGCAAGUUCGCCUUUCUGGCGUUUGGCGACGGACCGCGCAUGUGUCCGGGCAAGAGAAUGGGCAUUACCCAGGUGAAAGUUGCCAUUGCGACUAUUUUGAUGAACUACGUCAUCAAGCCGUCGGAGAAAAUGGUUGAGCCUCUGGAAAUUGAUCCGAGAUAUUUUUUGAAUACUGUUGUUGGAGGCUUUUGGAUUAAGUUGGAACAUUUAAAGUGCGCAGUUAACAAAAUCCUCACAAUGUCUUGCUUUACUUACAUCAUAAGUGCUAUUAUAAUUUUGAUCCUCACAUACAAAUAUCUAACACGCAAUUUCGCGUAUUGGAAAAACCGCGGGAUUCCAACUGCCGAUGGAGUAUUGCCGGGAUUCGGACACAUGCUGAGUGUGUUCGCCCUCAACAAAAAUCUGCCUAUCAAAUUGCACGAGAUUUACGCCUCUUCUACAGCUAGUAUGGUCGGAAUUUUCGACAAGAACCAACCAGUUCUCCUGAUCAGAGAUUUGGAGCUCGUGAAAACAGUGCUACAGACGGAAUUCUCGAGUUUCAGCGAACACAGGCCGCUAGAUUUGGAUUCUGAUCCUUUGCUAGGGUUGGAUCCUUUUUUUGUUAAUGGUGAAGCAUGGAAGCGCAUUCGCGGAAUCUUCACCAGUGCUUUUUCCUCCAAGAAACUCAAAUUCAUCGGAACGGUGGCAAAGUAUGAGAGCGAUAACUUUGUUAAGUUUAUAGAUCAAAAUUUCAAUAGUGAGGAUGGAAAAUCCGUAGAACUCGACGCUAAAGUGUUGUUUUCAAAAUUUACCGCCCAAGUGGGCGCCAAUGCGAUCCUGGGUGUCGACGGGAACGCAUUUGUUGGUACUGAUCCUCCAGAAUCGCUCCAAGCGAUGAUGAAUUCCAUUUUGGAAAUCAACACGCUGGCGGCAAUCAGACAGAACAUCGUCUUCUUGCUUCCGUUUAUGAGCAAACUGUUCAAGGUCGGCUUCGUUCCCGCUUGGGUCAAUGAAACCUUCGCGAAAAUGGUCGCGGACAUUCGCGCAAUGAGGAAGCAUCAAUCCUUGAAGCGGGAGGAUUUGUUGCAACACAUCAUUGAUUAUGAAGGGGGAUCUUCAGCUUCAAACGGAGCAGAUCUUGUGGUGCCCAGCGCCUUUUCAUUCUUCAUUGAAAGUUACGAGUCCUCCAGUUUGACUCUCAGUGCCGCGGCUUAUUUGCUUGCAAAGCACCCAGAUAUCCAGGACAGGGCUCGUGAGGAGGUGGUUAAACUAAUUGAACAGCAUGGAGGAAUUUGCUACGAAUCAGUCAGCGAGAUGAUCUUCUUGGAGCAAGUUUUCCGCGAGACUAUGAGGCUGUUCAGCCCCGUUGGGAGAUUCAGCAAGAUUUGCUCGAAAGCUAUCACACUUCAAGGACCCGAUGGUCUCUCUUGUGCCUUGAAACCUGGGGAUGAAGUGCUCAUUUCGGUUAUGGGCAUCCACAGGGACCCGGAGAUUUGGGAGAACCCGGACGAAUUCAACCCAGAUCGCUUUGCCAAAGAUUCUUUAGAAAGCAAGCGCAAGUUUGCUUUUUUGGCUUUUGGAGAAGGGCCGCGUAUCUGUCCGGGAAUGAGGAUGGGUUUUUUGCAGAUUAAAGCUGCCAUGGCGACUAUUUUGAAAAACUACGUCAUCAAACCUUCGACGAAAAUGGUUGAACCGGUCCAAGUGGAUCCUAGGUACUUUUUGACCGCUGUUGUUGGAGGAAUUUGGGUGCAGUUGGAAAGAUUGUAGUUGGAGGGAGUGAAAUUGAUGAGAUUUGGAUAAGAAAUAAUCAUGUGAUUUGUGUAAAUAAAAUUUUUUAAUGAAAA